CCACAGCUGCCGAUGAGGCACACACCCGCGUACGCACACAACGAAGGCCCGUUCUAACCCACCCAUGUGCGUUCGCAGGCGCGGACGACGUCCUGGCCAUGCUCUUGGCCCUGGCCUCCUCGCCGGACGAGCUGCAGGUGCUGCUGAUCGCCGCGACGUACGGCAACGUGGCGCGGGAGGCCUGCGUGCGCAACGUGGUCGCCAUGUUCCACGUGCUCGACCACGAGAUGGAGUGGCGCCGCGCCCGCGGCCUGCCCCUCGGCUUCGAGGCUCUGCGUACCUACAAGCCUGUCGUCGCCAUCGGGCCCGCCCACGCCCUCGAGGACGGCGUCCUCAAGGCCGACGGCUUCCAUGGAGCUGACGGCUUACACGGCGUUCAUGAAGCCCACCCCCACCUAUCGCCGGACGACACCUGGGAGACGCUCUUCGAAGAAGGGGCCCCGGCCGAGGAGAGCCUGCCGCUGUACUGCAAGUACUUUACGGCGUCGCGCGCGCCGGCGCACCGCGAGAUCCUGCGCAUCCUGCGCGAGGAGCCAGCCGACACCGUCUCGAUCUGCGUGCUCGGCCCGCUAACGAACCUCGCGCUCGCCGCUUCCGAGGACCCCGAGACCUUCCUCCGCGUGCGCGAGGUCGCCGUCAUGGGCGGUGCCGUCGAGGUCCCCGGCAACGUGACCCCCGUCGCCGAGUUCAACACCUACGCGGAUCCCGUCGCCGCCGCUCGCGUCUUCGCCCUCACCUCCUCCGUACCGAGCUUCACCAUGCCCCCUACGCCUGUCGCCGCCGCCGUGGCCCCGCUGCCGCCCUACCCCGAGUCCCUGCCCCGCACCCUCAACCUGAGCCUGUUCCCGCUCGACAUCACGACGCCGCAUCUGCUCAACGUGAGCUACUUCGACGCGCGGAUCGCGGCGCCGCUCGCCGCCGGCAGCCCGCUCGCGACCUGGGUCGAAUCGUUCAUGGGCGGCAUCUUCCGCCAGAUCCGGCGCAUCGUCGGCGACUCGGGCGAGGAGCCCGGCCUCUCGCUACACGACCCCCUCACCGUCUGGUACAUGCUGACCUCGAACGGGGCCGACUCCGCCUGGAGGCUCGCCCCCGGCAGCCCCGAGGACAUCCGCGUCGAGUGCUCGGGCCAGUGGACCCACGGCAUGCACAUCCGCGACCGUCGCGGUCGUGCGCGCGCCCUCGACCCCACUCACCCCGAGAUCCCUGGCGAUAAGUACUCUUGGCUCAGCUUCUCGCGCGGCAACCGCAUUAACCGCUACGUCACCAGCCCUGGCUACGACGUCUUCGCGCCGUACCUAAUGGAGCGGCUGUUCGGGCGGGAGAGGGAGGCCUUACCCUCAUCGGACAACCCUAAAGGAGAAUAAAACUGAGGCAGAAAGCUGGAGGAGAGAGAGGAGGGAAUAGGAGAUGUGUUAUAUAUCCGAUGGUCACGUAGUUAGCGAAAUUGAAGAACGCGGGCGCCUUUUUAGAGGGUCACGUAAUUUGCGGUAGGAUGAAGACGGCGGGUUGUAGAAAUUAAUAACGGUGGCGAUGAUGACGGAGGAAGACAGGGGAGAGAAAGGCGUCAGCAGCACGCAAAAUAUGGUAUCAUAUUUGAUCGGAGCAUACC